UGUAUGCAGAUGACAAUCGUGCUACCGGGGUGUAUGUGAUAGGUAAACACACGUGCGCGAUAAAUUUUAAUUUUUUGUGAAAUAUGGGUAAAAUAUCGAAAAAGGAUGCGAAUGUUUCUCGCAAGCAUGUAACAAAGGUUCCGGAUAUGUUGGAUAAAAAGUUUGAUCUAAUCAAAACGAUUAACGAAGAUGACGAUGUGGAAAACCUCUCUGAAGAAUCGGAUGUUGAUGUUGAGUACCAACCCACGAAACUCAAAACACAGAAGAAAGGAGAUUUUGAUAACAAUUUCAAGUUUGUCUCUUCCGUAAGCGAAUAUAAUCAUGAUACUUGGGACGAUUUAAUGAAAUUUGUCAAGAAAAAAAACCGGGGUAAGGUUGACGAUAAAAUCGCUAAUGUUAUCAAAGGGCGCUCACAGGCCAAGGCUGAUGUUUUGAAUGGAACCAAUGAUGAGCUGGACCCAGAUACGUAUCAUAAUGAAGUAGAUUUAUCAGACGAUGAACUUAAACAUGAUGUGAUGAGGGUGAAACAAAAGAAAGGAAGAAAAAGAGAGGCAACAGCUGGAGAUAACGAAGUAAAAAUUGAGGAUGAUGGAAAAGAACAGGAAGAUUUUUUCGAGGAAGCUGAACAAAGUGAUGAAAUAUCAUCCUUCUACCAAAUGAAUUUGUCUCGCCCAUUGAUGAAAGCAAUAGGCGUUCUUGGUUACAUCUAUCCGACUCCAAUCCAAGCAGCCACUAUUCCUAUUGGUUUACUAGGUCGAGAUAUUUGUGGUUGUGCAGCAACCGGGACCGGAAAAACAGCUGCUUACAUGCUUCCCACUUUGGAACGUCUUUUAUACAAACCAGCGUUCGCCCAAGCAGCGACAAGAGUACUUGUUUUGGUUCCAACGCGUGAAUUAGGUGCCCAAGUGUACCAAGUCACAAAACAAUUAACCCAGUUCACUAACAUUGAGGUUGGGAUCGCUAUUGGUGGAUUGGAUGUCAAGGCUCAAGAAGCGGUUUUAAGAAGAAAUCCCGAUAUUGUUAUUGCAACACCCGGGCGCUUGAUCGAUCAUAUUAAGAACACCCCCAGUUUCUCUUUGGAUUCUAUCGAGGUGUUGAUUCUAGACGAAGCCGACCGAAUGCUGGAUGAAUAUUUUGCCGAACAAAUGAAGGAAAUCAUACAAAGUUGUUGUAAAACACGUCAAACUAUGCUGUUUUCUGCAACAAUGACAGAACAAGUGCAAGAUUUGGCGGCGGUUUCACUUAGCAAACCGGUCAAAGUAUUUGUCAACAAUAACCAAACAGUGGCUUUCAACCUGCGACAGGAAUUUAUUAGGAUCCGUGAUGGGCGCGAUUCCGACAGGGAACCGCUUCUGGCAGCAUUACUUUGUCGCACUUUCCAUGAUCACGUCAUGGUGUUUGUCCAGACCAAGAAAACAGCACAUCGACUAAGGAUUCUACUAGGGUUGUUAGGGUUAAAAGCAGGAGAAUUGCACGGAGACUUGACACAGGCCCAACGACUGGAGUCUCUAAAACAGUUUAAAGAUGAACAAAUUGAUGUACUCGUUGCAACCGAUGUUGCCGCUCGUGGAUUGGAUAUCAGCGGUGUAAAAACAGUGGUCAACUUUGUAAUGCCCAUUACGUUUGAACACUACAUACAUCGUGUGGGUCGAACGGCUCGUGCAGGAAAAGCCGGCGUUUCUGUAUCGUUGGCGGGUGAAAUAGAAAGAAAGAUUGUCAAGGACAUAAUUAAAAAUGCCAUCAAUCCCGUUAAAAAUAGAAUUAUACCGACAGAAAUUGUUGAAAAGUAUAGGAAAAAAGUUCAAGCAUUAGAAACGGAAAUCGAAAAAGUACUGCAAGAAGAACGUGCCGAAAAGUUAUUGCGACAAACAGAACAGCAACUUGAAAAAACUGAACGAAAACUGAAAGGUGUCCCCAAUGGCCCUAGCCGAGAGUGGUUCCAAAAUCAUCGAGAUCGAAAAGAAGAACAGGAACGACUUUCCUUGAAAAGUGAAGUAAACAAAGAAAAUAAAAAGCAGUCAAGAAAACGAAAACGUGGCAACGAUAGCGAUGAUGAUUUCGAUCCUAUCAAACAUCAACAAAGUAAACAACAAAAAAUAGCAAAGAAAAAGGUCGAACCUUCCAAAACACCCAGUCAGUUAGCGAAAGAGCGAGCCUUACAAGAAUUGACUAAAGUAUCCCUGGUUCAGGCUAAGCUUUCUAAAAUUAAGAAUCGUCCGCUGCGAGUUACAGCGACGGGCGAAGAGCGUCAUGCUGAGCAUAGUUCUGGGAAACUGACUAAAAAGCGUAAACAUCGAUCCUCUCGUUUUGAACGAGAUCUUACUGACAUAAGCAAAAAAGGAGUGAAAAAGCUUAGAUAUGACGCUACCAAAAAACAAAGGAUGGAUAAAAUAGGAAAAGGCAAAUUGGAUGGCAUGAAAAUAAGUGCUGAUAAAUUUCGGAACAAAAAGGGAUCGAAUAAGCAGAACAAAGGCAAAACUUUUGGUCCAAAGCAACCGAAGAAAGGCAAAACAUUCGGUUCGAAGCAACCAAAAAAAGGCAAACCUUGAAUCACACAAUUUGAUUUGUUUUAAUGUACGAAAUAAAGUUGCUUGAAAAAGA